AUGUCGAAUAUACAAAUGUCGAAGAUAGAACGAAUGAUAGAUACUAACUCGCUUAGGCAAAUUCAUGACGACAACUUAGAAAGGGAAAUUAGGCACACUCAGUUAAUGACACUGUUACUGAAGUCUGAAAAAUGUCAAGAUGUCAUACGUAUGGGCCCUGAAGCAUUUAGACAGUUGUGUCAAAAGUUAAGAGGAACUAGUAGAGUAAAGGAUUCAACUCGCUCUACGGCUGAAGAGCAACUUAUACCCUUGGGAGCUAGUUAUGACUUUGCAAGAACACUUCACUGGAAAAACGAUCCUCGAGAGGCCAUUGAACGUGUUGCUAAAGGUUUCUUCUUGAUAGACAUCGGUGUAAUCAGUGGAGAAAGUUGCAAAAACCAUUACUUCAUAAAUGUUGCUGACAUCCAUUUGAGUGCAAAGGCUGGUUUUUAUGCUUCUAGAUACAAGAGAUUCCGUAAACUGUGCUAUGUACUUGGUGCAUUGUAUGCUUUCAUGGGGGAUCAAAACCAGGAUUUGAGAAUCAAGUUUAAUGAAGGUGAGUGGGAGACAUGGCCUCAAGUAACAACCAUUUGCGUUGGAAAUGCAAAGUAUUUUGAUGGUGGCAUGAAGAUUACACCGAAUGCUACUCCUUACAGUGGAAAUUUAGAGGUUGUGAUUGUUCAAAACUUUAAGUGGCAUGAUUUCAUACUGAAAUUACAAAAGCUGUAUAAUGGAACACAUCUCUCACUUGAAAAUAUAUCAGUAAGAAGGUAUGAUAUUGGCUCGAAAGAAGAGAGGAAAAGAGGAGAGAAGGGGGUGGCGGGAAGAAUAUGCUGACUUGAUUCCUGUGAU